AUGGCGUCAAUAGAGUCCUUGUUGAACCCCCUGCCUGAUCCAGGCCGAUAUCCUUCAUCUCUGACAAGCUCUCCGGUCACCAUGCUUUCCAGGGUUCCCCGUCAGAAGCGGCAGAAGGUCGCCAAAGAUGCCCCGAUAUUCACCAGAGGCAAGAUCAGGGGCGAGCUUCGCUAUCCGCCCUGCGAAGAGCAAGGCGAAGAGCUAGCUCAGGUGCACCGCGAAUUUCAGAUCCAUCCUAUGGGUCAUAUUGCCGAGUUCCCACGACAUAUUCCAUACAACAGCGACAAGAAGUCAUUCCAGGAAAGAACCGGACGAGAGAGUUUCGAAGUCUUCCAGUACACAUUCAAACUCCCUGGCGAAGAGAAGGAAUGGACAGUGAUGUGGGACUACAAUAUCGGCCUCGUGCGGACGACGCAUCUCUUCAAAUGCAAUGACUACUCCAAGACGACGCCAGCCAAGAUGCUGAAUCUCAACCCCGGCCUACGUGAAAUCUGCCACAGCAUCACUGGAGGUGCACUUGCCGCGCAAGGCUACUGGAUGCCGUUCGAGGCCGCCAAGGCCGUGGCAGCGACAUUCUGCUGGAAGAUCCGCUACGCUCUCACACCCCUCUUCGGACUGGAAUUCCCCUCGAUGUGCAUCCCGCCGCACGACCGCGGCCGCUACGGCCGCAUGGUCAUUGAUCCCACCAUCGUGCAAAAGGCCACCGACACCGCAAACUACUACCGCAUGCUCGAGCUCCAGUCCCCCUCCUUCUCCUCCCUGCGGACAGGAUACCGCCCCACGUCCGCCGAAAGUUCGUCCUCCUUCGCCAAACGGCUCAUCCCAAGAAGCCAGCAGCACCGCUACGCAGACAGCCUCAGCGGCUACGGGUCGUCGCCUGAAUACCACACGGACGGGUACUGCGUCUCCCCCGUCAGCCCGUUUCAGAACACAUUCACCCCCGUCAACACGCCGCGGAGCUCCGACAGUAUGUCCGUGUCCGUGUCCGUGUCCGUGUCCUCGCCGCGGCACGGGGACGCGCCCGCGCCCAGCCCGCGGGAGCCCGCCGCCAGCGAGGACGACAGCGGCUCGGACGAGACGCGGUCCUCGACCGUGUAUACCGAGAGCACGUGUACGGCCAGCGAGAUCCUCUCCGUGGAUCUCGAGGGCGGCGAUGACGACGAGUACUGCGACAAGGACGAGCGGGCCUCGCCCCCGCCGUCCGACUCCGACCAGAAGAUGGAGACGCGCCCCCGACGGAAACCCAGCUCCGCGCUGUUCGCGAAGGAAGUCAAGGCCGCGCAUGCGCUGCUGAGCCUGCACAUGCAGGAAGCGACAGGGAGCGAUGGGGAGGAUGGGCCUUUGCUGGUAGGUGUAGGCGUAGGCAUAGGCGUAGGCGUGGGCAUCGGUGGCUUAAACCACGGCAAGAAGCGCCGCAGGGCAUCAGCUUGA